UUCUUUUCAGAAAAGAUCUCCAAAGACAACUUCAAGACUAAAAGGUGUUAAUUUUUUUUUGUUUCAAUAUUUGAAGUUUGAGUGAACAUGGCUCACCCGGACAUAAUGUGCGAGGUAGAGAUAUCUGAUUCAUCUAUAGUAGAAGUAGUGGAUACUGAACACUUCUCAGAUAUGAAUGGUGUACCAUAUGAACAUUAUGGUAUACAAGUGUGUGAUGAUCAAUAUGAAGAAGUUACAUGUGAAACAGAGGAUUCUCAAGGUUUAAUGAUGCAAAAUAUUGAUGAUGUUUUUAUAUCUGAAGAAGUAGUCUUGCAAAGUGAUUCUAAUAUGCAAGGACACGAAGAUGGUUUAGAUGUAUCAAAUGAUCAUUUUCGUUCAUAUGCUGAUGCAUCUCCUUUCGGUUCAGAUAUUUAUGUUGAACAAAUACCAGGUCCAUCAAAGAAAAGAAAAGCUGGAUCGACGCCAAAACAACGGCAUGUAAUAAGUCGACUUCGAACAUCAAAACCAGAAGAAGUCAUUACAACAGAAGAAUCAGCAGUUAAACCACGUAGAUGGGAGCAAAAACAAGUGCAAAUUAAAACAAUGGAAGGUGAAUUCAGCGUUACAAUGUGGGCUUCAGGAGCUUCUGAUGAUGAAGAAGGAUCAAAUCCAGAACCUGAUCCUGACUAUACAGAAUAUAUGACUGGUGGGAAAAAAAUAACACAAGACUGCGUACCUGGUCUUGAUCUGUCUGAUCCAAAACAAUUGGCUGAAUUCGCGAGACCAGGACAUAAAUUAAAACUUAAAAAGGGUAUACCAUCGUUGACUGCAAAUACAACCCUCCCUUCGAACACUCACAUGCCAAUUGAAAUGCACGACAGAAAAAUUGCUUGCCCCCAUAAAGGUUGUAACAAAAUGUUCAGGGACAAUUCAGCCAUGCGUAAACACCUUCAUACGCACGGGCCACGUGUUCAUGUGUGCGCUGAGUGUGGAAAAGCAUUUGUUGAGAGCUCAAAACUAAAACGACAUCAGUUAGUACACACAGGAGAAAAGCCAUUUCAAUGUACCUUUGAGGGUUGUGGAAAACGAUUUUCGCUUGACUUUAAUCUGCGGACUCAUGUUCGGAUACAUACAGGAGACAGACCUUAUGUUUGUCCAUUUGAUGGAUGUAAUAAGAAAUUUGCCCAAUCGACCAAUCUAAAAUCGCAUAUUCUUACGCAUGCGAAAGCAAAGCGCAACUCUCAAGCAAGUAAUCGGAAUUCUCUUCAACUUCCAAAUCAAAACUUCAUCAAAGUAGAAAUGUCGGAGCUGGAAUCUAAUUCCCCAUACAUAGUGUACACAGAAUAAACCCAAAAAAAAAAAAAAAAA